UCCAGAUUACGUGCGGAGUCCCAACAAGGACCCCAAAUGCUGGGAGAGGCGAGGGUUUUCCGAUCGAAACCUAGGGUUUUGGUUUCUGCUUUUUCUUCUUCUCAUUUAUAUCUCGACUCUCUCGCCCCAUGCUGAUCUAGUAAUAUUUUCCCUGAACUCCUUCACGAAUGGAUGACACGGAGGACGACGCCAGGUAUCCCCCAAAUUCCUACACCCAAAGUAAUCGCCGCCCCAUUCCUUCUUCCAAUUACUCCAAUCUCCACGCUCGCAAUAACUCCUACCAAUUACAAAUCCCUCGCGGCUACCCCGAUGAUUACGUUGAUGAAGAUGAGGAGGAACGGAACGAAGUCGAUUUGGCCGUGAAUGAUGCCGAAGAAGAAGAAGACGAGGAGGUUAGCGGCGGACGAGGUUAUCUGCAGACACGGAACGAGGUCGACGAUGACGACGAGGAUGAUGCUGACGAAUCAUCUGAGAGCCGCGGGAAGCGGCGUAGGCUUGAUCAGUACGCACGAGGCUUUGAGUUGGUCCCCCGCUCGGUCGUUACCCCUGCGGUGAAGCCGCUGUCUUGUCGAACAUCGCUGGCCGAUUGGUCGGAGGACUCUACUUUCGCCCUUCUGGAUGCGUGGGGAGAUCGUUUCCUGCAGAACGGCCGGAAGAGUCUUCGCUCAGACGAAUGGGGUGAGGUCGCCAAGAAGGUCUCCCAGGGCUCUAAGACUCCCCGAUCCGAAGUUCAGUGUAGAAACCGCUUGGAUACUUUGAAGAAAAAAUAUAAGAAGGAGAAGGCUAAGUACCCUGAUUACUCUAGCUCAAGCCGCAAGUGGGUUUAUUUCCGUAAGAUGGAUGAGCUGAUGUCAUCACCUCCUCCUCCACCCCCUGCAGCCCGGCAACAUUCUCAACUACCUAGGCUCCCCUGUGGCAUUGAUGCUGGAGAGUAUGUCUUUGCAAGCUCUAGGCUUUAUUUGAAUAACUCCGAUGCUAUAGCUGAGAUGAGGGAUAGCCCGGGUGAUACAGCCUCUGAAGGGGAGGGUGACGAGGUGGAUGAUGAGUCUGAUGGACUACCACCAAGAAGAGAGAAGGUUGGAGGAAACUCAGAGUCUUCUUUCAAGAUGCUUGCUGAUUCAAUUCAGAAGUUUGGUGCCAUUUAUGAAAAAAUUGAGAACAAUAGGAGGCAGCAGAUGGCAGAGCUGGAGAGGAUGAGGAAGGAGUUCCAUAGGGAUCUCGAGUUGCAGAAGAGGCAGAUUUUGGAUGGGGCACAGGCUGAGAUCGCUAGGAUAAGACAGGAAGAUAGGGAGGAGGAGGGCGAAGAGAACACUGAUGAGGACGACAAUGGUGAUAAUGAUGAUACUGACGUUUCUGCAGAGAAUAUGAGCGGGUGAGAAUUUAGAUUGGAGGAAAUAUUUGCACAGUUGUUUCCAAAAUCAUCGUUCUUCUGUGGAAUCAGAACUUCAGAAGCCUUCACUUCUAUCUUCGGCUUAACGGCAGCUUCAGAAUUAGCUUAAAUUUCUUCUUCAGGUUUGAGCUUUUCAGUAACAGUAUCAAAUACAAUACUUCUUCGGGAGCAGCAUCAGCAUUAAUUACAAUAGCUUCAGAUUUUGGAUCUACAGAAUCAGCAGCUUCACAUUCUAGUUUAUGAUUAGCUUCAGCUAUAAUAACUUCUUCAGUAGCAGAAUCUUCAAUACAGUGUGAUAAUAAAUUGAAUUUAUUAGCAUUUAAUACAACUAAUGAUCAGAAACUGGAGUAAGCAUUUGUAAGAAUAGAUUUCACAUUAUCCGCAGCAGACGUUUCUGAAUGAAUUACUGAAGAUUUAGCAUUCUGAAUUUUAUCAA